UGCUGGGGGACGCGGUGCGGUCCGGCCGGAAAUAGGGAGGAGGGGAGGACCUGUGGAAGAGCCGAGUCGGGGGUAGUCCAGAGGAGAUGCAACUGGGGAGAGAAAGGCUUGAGCACCCACAGGAACCUUCUGCAGCUGCCGAGAUCCCCCCACCAUGAGCGGCAAGGAGCGCACAACGUCUAGGAAACUCCCGGGACCCCACGCAAGCCUGACCCCGAAAGGCCGUUUCUCGGGGGCUGUGUCUUUAAGGGUGACGCCGGACGCACGGGCUCUUUAAGGAGGAUGUCGGGGGCGUGUCAGGAAAUGAGUCGUAGGCCCGCCUCGCCCUGGGGAUCCGUGUCAGAUGUCCGGAGGCUCCGAAGCUGAGCAAGAGCUGACGCCGGGGAAGGGCCCCUCUGAAGCGCUCCAGGAUCCUGCACAUGGCACUGAUGGGGACUUCCGAUCCCUCUGGAGAGGCAGAGGCCAGCAAGGAGAAACCCUUUCUGCUGCAGGCAUUGCAGAUCACACUGGUGGUCUCACUCUACUGGGUCACCUCCAUCUCCAUGGUGUUCCUUAACAAGUACCUGCUGGAUAGUCCCUCCCUACAGCUGGACACCCCCAUCUUCAUCACCUUCUACCAGUGCCUGGUGACCACACUGCUUUGCAAGGGCCUCAGCACCCUGGCAUCCUGUUGCCCUGGGGCUGUGGACUUCCCCACCCUGCGCCUGGACCUCAGGGUGGCCCGCAGCAUCCUGCCCCUGUCAGUUGUCUUCAUUGGCAUGAUCACCUUCAAUAACCUGUGUCUCAAGUAUGUGGGGGUGGCCUUCUACAACGUGGGCCGCUCGCUCACCACCGUCUUCAAUGUGCUGCUGUCCUACAUGCUGCUCAAGCAGACCACCUCCCUCUAUGCCUUGCUUACCUGUGGCUUCAUCAUUGGUGGCUUCUGGCUUGGUGUGGACCAGGAGGGGGCAGAAGGUACCCUGUCUUGGAUGGGCACCUUCUUUGGCAUGUUAGCCAGCCUCUGUGUGUCACUCAAUGCCAUUUACACCAAGAAAGUGCUCCCAGCAGUGGAUGGCAGCAUCUGGCGCCUGACCUUCUACAACAACAUCAAUGCCUGUGUCCUCUUCGUGCCCCUGCUCCUGCUGCUGGGGGAGUUUCGGGCUCUCUCUGACUUUCCCCAGCUGGGCAGCGCCCACUUCUGGGGCAUGAUGACUCUGGGCGGCCUGUUUGGCUUCGCCAUUGGCUACGUGACAGGACUGCAGAUCAAGUUCACCAGUCCUCUGACCCACAGUGUAUCCGGGACAGCCAAAGCCUGUGCCCAGACAGUGCUGGCCGUACUCUACUACGAGGAAACCAAGAGCUUCCUCUGGUGGACAAGCAACAUGAUGGUACUGGGGGGCUCCUCCGCCUACACCUGGGUCAGGGGCUGGGAGAUGAAGAAGACUCAGGAGGAGCCCAGCCCCAAAGAGGAUGAGAAGAACAGCAUCGGGGUGUGAGCUCUCAAGACCGAACCAGGGAAAUGCCCAGGGCAGGGCUGAAACAUCAGUGAAGGUGCCUCCCUGGACCCAGAGAGGGUGGUCUGGAGAGGGUAUUGUUUACAGACCUAAUCAGAAUUUGGUGAUUGAAAUGGAACCAAUGUUUUUAAGUGAUGUCAGAAAGUUGCCAAAUUUAUAUUGACCCCAUUUCCUAUUUCUGGGUUUUUGUUCUCCCCUAGGGAGCAGGGACCCCCAUAGGAAUAGCCAGUUAGAUUCUCUGGAGGAGUACUAACUCUUGGAGAGUAGUAGGAGAGGGGCAGCACCCCUUCCUGUACCCCUUUCAGGUCCUUCUACCUCUACUUGACCUUGGGGUUGAAGAAGGGCCACAACCUUUAUUGGCAAAGCCAUUAAGUCUUUGUUUAUAUUUGGAGGAGGUGUACUAUGACCCUAUCACAAACCAACUGAAGGAAUUUGGGAACCCUCGGAUCUCUGAGUCAUGGAGUAGGCAGCAUAGCGUUGGCCCCACAAACCAGUCUUCCUUUGGAGGAGAGUGUGGACUGGGCUGAGGGAGGAAAGGGAUGCCUGUUUCCUCUUCUCUGCACUGACAAGCAGCCCCCAUGGAAGGGGCAAUGGAACAUGUGUACCAGUGAGUCUGGGCUGGCACCCCAUUGCUGGGAAGUGGCCUGGGAAUGGGAUACAUAAUGGGAAGCAUCCUUUUCCCACCAUUUGCAACCCCAUGUUUCCAGCUUUUGUACCAAGGGGGAACCGCACAUCUUUGACAGGUUAAGUAGUAUCUUUAAAACCCACUCCCAAUCGCUACACCAGUUUGUGACCUUGCUCUUCUGCCCUUAGGGGCAACUGGCCCACCAGUCUCCCAGAACCUGGCACAGCUGCCUGGCUCAUGUAACAGCCUCCUGGAGUGGAGCCGCGAAGCUACUUCUGCUUCUCCCAACUCUGCCUCCCCAAGGGUCUGAUGGAGCUAGGGCCCUGGCUCAAAGCCUCCCACUGAGCUAUGCUGGGCACACCACCACACCCAGAUCCUGAUGCUGUGCGGCAGGUGGUAUGACCUCAUUCUAAUGAAGGUGAUAAGUUAACACAUACAUUUUUUCCUGAAGUUAGGGCUGAAAGAACCUUUCUAUCCCUUUGCUGCCCUAACCUCAGGGUGGCUUUUACAACAUUCCAUCCCACCCAUCUCCUUGGAGUAAUUCCUGGCGUUUUUAGUCCCCAUAGGGAAAGGCUGUGGAGAGUGGGCCAUUUGGAGCACUUUUUUUUCCCCUUCCCACUCUUAAAAUUCCCACCCUUCUGUUUUAAACUCACAACAGAGAGUUCAUGAAACCUUACGCCCCGAACCUCAACCCCAAUAAAAGAAGAACCCUAGGUCUGCA